UUCAUGUAACGAAGUUCUUCUCAUUGUAAAAUAGAAAAAGAAGAGAAACAUCAAACAAUUUGCAAAAAGGCGCGCCAAAAACCGACGAAAGGCCUUAUCGAUAUCACUUCCCAGCGCCAGAACCCAGAUUCCGCAUCCAACUCUUCCACUUCUCCUCGCCGUCGCCAUGGGCAAGCAAAAGCAGCUAGUCAUGUCCCGCUUCUUUGCUCCCAAACCCAAAACCCCCGACAAUCCUUCUCCGCCGCCGCCUCCGACCACUUCUCCCUCCCCCAAUCCUUCUCCGCCGCCGCCUCCGACCACUUCUCCCUCCCCGAAAAUCGCCGCCACCGUCUCUUUCUCCCCCGCCAAGCGCAAACUCCUCUCCAACCAACUCACCACCGCUUCCAAAAAACCCAAACUGUCCCCGCACACCCACAAUCCAAUCCCUUCGCUUCACCAGAAGUUUCUCGACAAGCUCCUCGAACCCACUCCAAUCGAGACCCAGCAACCCUCGCCGUCGAUUAAGGCUUUGAAGAAAUACACUCCGCUGGAGCAGCAAGUGGUGGACCUGAAAAACCAGUAUCCCGACGUUCUAUUGAUGGUCGAAGUCGGUUACAAGUACAGAUUCUUCGGGGAAGACGCGGGGAUUGCCGCCAGGGUGUUGGGGAUUUAUGCUCAUAUCGAUCACAACUUUCUGACGGCAAGCAUACCAACUGUUCGACUAAAUGUCCAUGUGAGGAGACUGGUGAAGGCAGGGUACAAGGUUGGGGUGGUUAAACAGACCGAGACCGCCGCGAUUAAGGCGCAUGGGGAGAACAGAGCCGGCCCGUUUUGUAGAGGGUUAUCGGCGCUUUACACGAAAGCUACGCUGGAGGCGGCGGAGGAUAUGGGUGGUGGGGUGGAGGAUGGCUGUGGCGGAGAGAAUAAUUACUUGUGUUGCGUUGUGGAGAAGAAUUUGUUAGUGGAGGAGAAUAAGGAUUGCGGUAAGAUUGAGACUAGGUUUGACGUGAAGAUUGGGAUGGUAGCUGUUGAAAUUUCAACUGGGGAUGUUGUGUAUGGAGAGUUCGAUGAUGGGAUUAUGAGGAGUGGAUUGGAGGCUCUGGUUCUGAGCUUGGCUCCUGCUGAGUUGCUUCUUGGGGAGCCUCUCUCGAAGCCGACAGAGAAGUUAUUGCUAUCAUAUGCGGGACCUGCUUCAAAUGUUCGAGUUGAGCAUGUCUCACGUGAUUGCUUUAGCGAGGGUGGUGCACUUGCUGAGGUGAUGUCGCUAUAUGAAUAUCUGGGUGAAGACAAGCUGGUGGAUGAUGGGAAGCGAAUGGCAGAGAUGUCUGGGCGGGAAAAGCACCACCCGGCAAUUGAGGGAAUCAUGAACAUGCCUGAUUUGGCUGUACAAGCACUGGCCUUGACUAUUCGUCAUCUAAAACAGUUUGGGUUUGAAAGAAUCUUGUGCAAUGAAGCAUCAUUUAGACCUGUCUCAAGCAAUAUAGAGAUGAACCUUUCAGCCAAUACGCUUCAACAGCUAGAGAUUUUGAGGAAUAACUCAGAUGGAUCUGAGACUGGAUCCCUGCUUCAUGUACUGAGCAACACUCUUACCAUAUAUGGUUCAAGGCUUCUUAGGCACUGGGUGACUCAUCCUCUAUGUGACAGAAACUUGAUCCAUGCUCGUCUUGAUGCUGUUUCUGAAAUCUUGGGUUCUAUGAGUUCCUGUAAAGCUUCUCGAACGGUUGGUGAGCAUGAUGAGGAAGGUUACCAAACGGCAACUGUGCAUCAUGACUUGUACUUUUUGCUUUCUUCUGUCUUGACAACUUUGGGAAGAUUGCCUGAUAUUCAGCGUGGGAUAACGAGGAUUUUCCAUCGAACUGCUACCCCCAAAGAGUUUGUUGCAGUUAUUGAAGGCAUAUUAUAUGCUGGGAAACAACUUCAGCGACUCCACAUUGAGGACCAAAGCAGUGUUACGGAUGUGAGAAGAUCUGUACAGUCUGUUCUACUGAGAACAUUGAUUUCAACUGCAUCCUCAUCCAGUGUGGUUCAUACGGCUGCAAAACUAUUGUCUUCCGUAAGCAAAGAAGCAGCUGAGCAAGGGGAUCUACUGAAUUUGGUUAUCAUCCGUGAUGGACAGUUUCCAGAGGUUGCAACAGCCCGCAAAGCCGUUCAAUUGGCAGAGGAAAAUUUGGAUUCUCUUAUGCAUUUGUAUCGUAAGCAGCUACGCAAUCGUAAUUUGGAAUUUACUAGUAUAUCUGGCGUUACUCAUUUGAUAGAGUUGCCCUUAGAUGUGAAGGUGCCCUUGGAUUGGGUAAAGGUAAACAGUACCAAAAAAACAGUCCGUUAUCAUCCUCCUGAAGUAUUGAGUGCAUUAGACCAGUUUCAAGUUGCUAAGGAGGAGCUGAUGAUAAUUUGCCAAACUACCUGGGACAGCUUCCUAAGGGGCUUUGGUAAAUACUAUUUAGAAUUCCAAGCCGCUAUUCAAGCACUUGCUGCUUUAGAUUGCUUACACUCACUUGCCACUCUUUCAAAAGCUAAGAAUUAUGUCCGUCCAACCUUUGUGGAUGACAGUGAACCUGCCCAGAUAGAUAUCUGCUCUGGUCGUCACCCGGUUUUGGAGAUCAUAUUGCAUGAUACUUUCGUUCCAAAUGAUACUAAGUUGAAUGCUGAUGGAGAAUAUUGCCAAAUUGUGACUGGUCCGAACAUGGGUGGGAAGAGUUGUUACAUACGCCAAGUUGCUCUCAUUUCUAUCAUGGCCCAGGUUGGUUCAUUUGUACCAGCAUCAUCUUGCAAAUUGCAUGUGCUGGAUGGUGUCUACACUAGAAUGGGAGCUUCAGAUAGUAUUCAACAGGGUCGAAGUACUUUCCUGGAAGAGCUUAACGAGGCUUCAAAUAUACUCCACAAGUGUACACACCGUUCACUGGUCAUAAUCGACGAGCUUGGUAGGGGCACAAGCACACAUGACGGGGAAGCCAUUGCAUAUGCUACUUUACAUCACCUUCUGGAGCAGAAAAAAAGCAUGGUUCUUUUCGUAACCCACUACCCGAAGAUAUCUGAGAUUAAAGCUAGAUUUCCAGGUUCUGUGGGUGCAUACCAUGUGUCAUAUCUUACCUCAAAGAAAACUGCGGAUGAUGCUACCGACUCGAGCUCUGCUGCUGGUGAGGAUGUAACCUACCUAUAUAAGCUGGUCCCUGGCAUUUGUGAGAGAAGUUUUGGGUUCAAGGUUGCUGAGCUCGCUCAGUUACCAUCCUCGUGUAUAAGACGGGCCACUUUGAUGGCUGCCAGGCUGGAAGCUGCUGAAAGUGGCAAACUAGGAGAUGAUAAAGAACGAAUGCGGUUCAUUGAUCAACAAGACGCAGAUCAAAUUUCAGAAUCUACACCAAUGGCCAAUGAAUUCCGGGAAUUGUUGUUGGACAUCAACUCUGCGGUUGCGGGUACACUGGAUUGUGAUGGUCCAAGAUUUUAUGAGCGUAUAUUGAAUGCCAGAGAAAGAGCAAGGGAAUUAUUGACGAAGUUUCUCCCUUCGGGUUCUCAUUCGUGAAGGAAGAAGCCUCUCUGGGCAUUUUGCAUUUUGGCCUCGAGGCAUCUGCAUGUCGCUAAAAGCUCUUGUAUGCAUUAUGUACAGUUAUCAUAAUCUAUAGCUGUUGAUUCACUUAUUUUCACUGGGAGAUUUGAGUACAUUGUAACUUACCAUUGCAAUUACGUGAAUGUCAAUCCUUAAUGCUAAGCUAUGAACAAUCUAAGGUCUCUCUGCCUUCUUCUCAAAUGCCCCUGUGCACCAUUGUACUGUCAUUACCAUGAAGAGGCGAAAUCGACAUGGCAGUGUUCGCUGAAUCUGCUUCGUCAUGCAGAGCGCCAAUCGACCAUGCCCUUUCUGUGAUUCUGUUUGCUCUUGCAUCUUGCUGAUUUUGUUUCUUCGCCGGACUC